CUCAUCUCCUUUGGGGGCAUGUCACGCAGUGGACUGGGCCCUUUCAGAGGGAGCUGGUCCAGCCCUGUGCCUCAUUAACAAUGGGGCCUGAUGGAGAGCAGCUGGUCUCUCUAACGAGCCAGAGCGGCACAGGAAGAGGAAGCUGUGGCGGAGGCUGUAGAGAGCAGGAGGUCUGUGACUGGGGGGAAGUGUUUGGCCUGAGCCAGAGGUCUGAAGAAGGCUGAGGGUGAAGGCAACAGCAGAGCAGUUUUCUUGGUGGCCUCUCAAAGCCAGCGAAUAGGCAGCAUGGAGUGAGUGUUGGACCAUCUCCCGGGGAAGAAAGGACACAAGAUUGGUGCCGAAUGUGGAGGGAAAGGAUGAAGCCACCGGAAUGUGCUCUAAAUUAAUACUGAAUGUGACAGAAUCCAGAGCACCCAUUUUAAUCAAAACAGGUCCGGCAUGAGCAGUGCCAGCUUCCCCCACACCAGCCUGAUAAUCAACGGUGAGGAAAGAGGGUCUCCUAGGAUGGCAACAUAGACAGCAUCUACAUCACUUCCCAAGGCCUGAAUUCCUGAGCUGCACUCUCUGAUCUUCGAUCCCAGCGCCCCCUAAGCCCUCCUCACCCAAUCAGUCACCCUCUCUGUGCUGAAAAAAUGUUUCCCCCACAUUAAUCACAGUAGCUCAAAUCCUAGCGCUGGCAAUUGCGCCUUUCCUGUCCGAACUGGGAGACUCUAUCGUGUGCCUCUGUCUCACAGAGUCCAGCCUUGCGUCAUUCACCCAAUACCAUUUUAAGCCACUACACUGACGCCUGGGGCUGCAGAAGGCUGUGUGGAGGAGAGAGAAAGUGUUAUGACUGACAGAAAACCCCCAAGCUCCACAGGCCCUGAUCCUGAAUGAGCUCCACACUGAUUGACCCCUGCACUCCCAUAAACUCCGUAGACUGCGGUGGGGUUCCGCCCACGGAGAUGGCAGGAUUGGGACAACCGGUUACAAGCUCUUCAGGGCAAGGAUGGUCUCUGAUUGUGUUUGUGCCCAGGACAAUGAGGCACCUGAGUGGAUUCUCUGGAAAACGAAUAGUGGCACUGUGCCAUGUAUGAAUACGUGCUGGCGGCACUCAGGGGAGAAUAAUGAAGGUAAACGUGCAUCAAAGUCCAGUGUGAGAGAGAGACAAUCAGCAGUUCAUUUGCAGCCAUGAGCCAGCCCACCCUGGCCACUACAGAGCCACCUGGCCAGCCUGGACAGAGGAACUUUGCCUUCGAGGUUGUGGACAUCGUGGUUGUCAUCGUUUAUUUUGUCUUCGUCCUUGCCGUUGGGAUAUGGUCAUCCAUACGGGCAAGCCGGGGGACAGUUGGAGGGUAUUUCCUGGCUGGACGGUCCAUGACAUGGUUGCCAAUUGGAGCCUCCCUGAUGUCAAGCAAUGUGGGCAGCGGCUUGUUCAUCGGUCUAGCAGGCACAGGAGCAGCUGGGGGCCUCGCUGUCGGGGGCUUUGAGUGGAAUGCUACCUGGGCGCUGCUGGCCCUCGGCUGGAUUUUUGUGCCUGUUUACAUUGCUGCAGGAGUUGUCACAAUGCCCGAGUACCUAAAGAAGAGAUUUGGAGGACAGAGGAUUCAAAUCUACAUGUCCGUACUGUCCCUCAUUCUCUAUAUAUUCACCAAGAUAUCAACAGAUAUUUUCUCUGGAGCGCUCUUCAUCCAAGUCUCCCUGGGCUGGAACCUUUACCUGUCCACCGUGAUCUUGCUAGCCGUGACAGCUGUCUACACUAUAGCUGGCGGUUUAACCGCUGUGAUGUACACAGAUGUGCUGCAGACUGUGAUCAUGGUACUCGGGGCUUCGGUUCUCGCCUUUAUAGGGUUUGAAAAAGUCGGCUGGUUUGAAGGACUUAAAGAGAAAUACAGCACCAUGAUACCCAGUGUCAUAGUCCCAAACACCACCUGUCACCUCCCACGCGCUGACGCCUUCCACAUGCUCAGGAACCCUGUCACGGGGGACAUUCCUUGGCCUGGCCUUAUCUUUGGCCUCUCUGUGCUGGCUACUUGGUGUUGGUGCACUGAUCAGGUUAUAGUCCAAAGGUCUCUCUCUGCCAAGAACCUCUCCCAUGCCAAGGGUGGAUCGGUGCUGGCGGGUUAUUUGAAAAUGCUUUCUAUGUUUUUCAUUGUCAUGCCUGGUAUGAUCAGCAGAGCUCUUUACCCAGAUGAAGUGGGAUGUGUGGACCCGGAAGUCUGUGAAACCGUCUGCGGCGCUAAAGUGGGUUGUUCUAACAUUGCCUAUCCUAAGCUUGUAAUGGGACUCAUGCCUGUAGGACUCCGGGGUUUGAUGAUAGCUGUGAUGAUGGCAGCCCUGAUGAGUUCCCUCACCUCGAUCUUCAACAGCAGCAGCACGCUCUUCGCCAUAGAUAUCUGGCAGCGACUCCGCAAGAAAGCCACAGAGCAGGAGCUCAUGAUUGUUGGCAGAGUGUUUGUUCUCAUCCUCAUUGUCAUCAGUAUUCUCUGGAUUCCCAUCAUUCAGAUGUCCAACAGCGGCCAGCUCUUUGACUACAUUCAGUCCAUAACCAGUUAUCUGGCCCCACCAAUUACCGCCCUCUUCAUCCUGGCAAUCUUCUGCAAGAGGAUUAAUGAGCCCGGUGCUUUCUGGGGCCUCAUGUUCGGGCUGGUAGUUGGUGGCAUUCGAAUGAUCAUGGAGUUUUCCUAUGGUGUGCCAUCCUGUGGCGAGGAGGACCCAAGACCAGCUGUGCUAAAGGAUGUGCACUACCUGUACUUUGCCCUUAUUCUCUGCGUGCUCACGGGCAUUGUCAUUACCCUAAUUAGUCUCUGCACCCCACCAAUCCCAGAGGAAAAGCUGGCUAGCCUGACGUGGUGGACUAGACACAGCAAAGCUCCUCCAAUUGACCUGGUGAGCUACAAGAGUGAGUCGGCGGAGGUAAAUCCUUCAGUGGGCGAGAGUGAUGGGGAUGAGCCGACGUGGGAGAACACGGAGUCAGGGAGCAAAGAACAUGGAGCAGCGAGCCCUCCUUGCUGGAGGAAGUUAUACUUCUGGUUCUGCGGGAUCUCCAGCAGCCCGGGACCCACACUGACCAAGGAAGAGAAAGCAGUCCUGGAAAGGAAACUCACCAGCAUUGUGGAAAAGCCCCUAUCAAAGACUGUUUGCAACAUUAAUGCUAUAAUCCUGCUAGCUAUUAACGUCUUUCUGUGGGGAUACUUCGGCUGAUACUUAGGCUGGCUUGGCUUUGAUUUAGAAUAUCGCCGUAAUGCUUAGAGACGUCCAGCAGGUCAGGGCCACAUUGUUCUAGGUGCCGUGCAUACAGCAACUGGAAUUCCCUGCCCCAAAGAGCUCACAAUCUAGAAGACCAAACCUAGUGGGCAGGGCUAGCAUAGUAUUUACCAGAGAGGGUUUUUAUCAGGUAAAAUCAUGUUUUUUGUCACCUAGGGAAAAAUUAGUUGGGCCCAGUUUACAACAUUUUCUAUUUUUUAAAUUGUUUUAUCAUCACACAUCACCCUUAGUUGUAGUUA